AUGCUAUCUUCCAACUGGACCAGACUUCAACCUGCCUCCUUCCUGUUGCUUGGCAUACCAGGGUUGGAGACUUCCCACAUCUGGAUAUCCAUCCCUUUCUGCCUUGUCUACCUGCUGUCACUGAUGGGAAAUGUUGCCCUUUUAUUAAUAAUCAAGACAGAUCCCAAACUUCAUGAACCUAUGUACCUCUUUUUAUGUAUGCUCUCUGUGGCUGAUUUGAUGCUCACUUCUUCUACACUUCCCAAGAUACUCAGCCUCUUCUGGUUCAAUGGCAAAGAGAUCUACUUUGAAGCCUGCCUCACUCAAAUGUACCUCAUUCAUUCUCUGUCUACUAUGGAAUCUGGAUUUAUCUUGGCCAUGGCUUUUGACCGCUAUGUGGCCAUCUGCCAUCCACUGAUGCAUUCCAUUAUCCUGACACCCACAGUAGUUUUAGGAUUUGGUUUGGCCAUUGUUUUCAGAGGAGCCAUACUCCUCAGUCCACACCCCUUCCUACUGAGGUGGCUUUCCUACUGCAGAACUAAUGUCAUCUCCCAUACCUACUGUGAAUUCAUGGCCCUGAUAAAGCUGGCUUGUGCUGAGACCAAGAUUCGUAGAGCCUACAGCCUAAUUGUGGCCUUCCUGACAGGGGGCUUGGACUUCAUACUGAUUAUCUGUUCAUAUGUCCUUAUACUUCUCACUGUCUUCAAUCUCCCAUCCAAGGCUGCCCGCCUUAAGACCUUAAGCACCUGUGUCUCUCAUGUAUGGAUCAUCUUGGUGUUUUACACACCAGCCUUUUUCUCUUUUCUCACCCAUAGGUUUGGCCAUCACAUUGCUCCACAUACCCACAUUUUUGUAGCCAAUAUAUAUCUCCUUAUUCCACCCAUGAUGAAUCCGAUUAUAUAUGGUAUUAAAACCAAAAGGAUCAGAGAGGGAUUCUUUAAAUUCUUAACAACCAAACGUGUUUAA